UUCUAUUUAGAAUUAGCAGUCCUCGUAUCACCCGUUUGGUUCACGGGUUUGUGAUUGUACUAGGUAGCUAGUUUGGCAGCGCAGUAACCCCGCUGUGCGGUUUGUAACUAUAUCAUAAUGUUUACUCGUGUAUUAUGGAGAGGCAGAAGUUUCCAUGGUGUACUGUUCGGCCUCGGUCUCGCUGCAAUUGCAGCCCGACGUGCUGAAGAGACAGGGACUGGAGAGGAUGGUGGGCAGAGGAGAAGGAAAGGCCCUGGGGCCUAUAGCAGGGCCGUGGAGAGAAGCCGAGAGCAUCUGAGGAGGGUGAAGGAUGAGGUAGGGUCCCCAGGAAUUGUAGUGGGUGUCUCCAUAGAUGGAGAAGCUGUAUGGACAGAAGGUCUGGGUUUUGCUGAUGUGGAGAACCGGGUGCUAUGUACAGCAGACAGUGUUAUGCGAGUGGCUAGUAUCAGCAAGUCUUUCACUAUGGCAGCCUUGGCAAAGCUAUGGGAGGAGGGCAAGCUGGAUUUGGAUGCACCUGUACAGAAGUAUGUGCCAGAAUUCCCAGAGAAGGAGUUUGAAGGUGAAAAGGUGACAAUAACUACAAGACUAUUGGUUUCACAUAUGAGUGGCAUCAGGCAUUAUGAGAAGGACAUUCAGAAAAUCAGGAAUAAACUUGCUAACAAAUCUUUAGAGCUUGGAUCCCCAGCUGGCCAGAAGCAUGUAACGGAUAAAACAAAGCCAUACACUGAGCAGGAGAGAGAGGUUAAGAGCAAAGAUAACAAAGAGCAGAACCUAAAAGUAUCCCGGAAAUGUAAUGUACAAGAACCAGAGGAGUUUUACAUCAAGAAGAAAUAUGACACUGUGAUAGAUUCUCUGGACCUAUUCAAAAAUGAUCCUUUGGUUUUUAAACCAGGGACCCAGUUCCUGUACUCCACCCAUGCUUGGACUCUCUUAAGUGCUAUUGUGGAACGAGCCUCAGAACAGAAGUUCCUAGACUACAUGCUGAAUAUGUUUAGAACUCUGGGUAUGAAGAAUACAGUGCCUGAGGAACACGAGCCCAUCAUUUACAACAGAGCUAGGUAUUAUUCUUUCAAUCACAAGAAGCGCUUGGUGAAUAGCCCCUAUGUGGACAAUUCAUGUAAGUGGGCAGGAGGCGGGUUUCUUUCUACAAUCAAUGACCUCUUACUCUUUGGAAAUGUUUUAUUGUAUAGUUAUCAAACUCAGGAUGCACCUCACCUUCUGCCAGGAUACCUGAAACCAGAAACCAUCUCCAUGAUGUGGAGUCAAGUGCCAAAUACAGAAAUGUCCUGGGACAAGGAUGGCAAGUAUGCCAUGGGCUGGGGGACAGUGGAAAGGAAGCAAGAGUAUGGUCAGUGCAAGUAUCAAAGACAUUACGUUUCCCACACAGGAGGAGCCGUGGGAGCCAGCAGUGUCAUACUUAUCCUGCCAGAAGAGGAGAUUCCUACUAAGAUGAAAAAUCAGUCAGUCAUUCCACCAAAAGGGAUUGUAGUGACCAUAAUAGCCAACAUGCAGGGUACUGGGCUGAACAGCACAGCCUUGAAGAUUGCACUGGAGUUUGAGAAAGAGAAAUCAGCAUAGUUACAUAUGUUUUACACAAUGCAAGGUGCAAUGUUGAUGUUGGGAAGAUUUCUUUUGAUGGAUGAUAAUUUAAUCAAAGCUUUUGUAUGCAUUUAUUGUACAGGAAAAAUGUUCUGCACUAUAAAAAAGUGCUUAUUCUGUGUGCAAGAGGCAUAAACUUCUUAUCACACUUUUUUCUGAUUCAUUGUUGCAGACCAUCAAAUGUUUAGUAUUAAUUUAAUUAUAUGAGGAGAAAAGGAAAUGUAAAUUUGUAUUCGUCAGUUGUCUAUUAACUACAGAAGGCCAUGACACUACUUGUAUGAAACCUCCCAUUAACCAAGAGAGCAUAUGUGUGGCAUUCUGGCAAACAUGCCACAUGUAUAUUAUGCCAUAGCACAAGCAGUUCUGGUUAGUUUUACAUUGCCCACAUUACAGAGAGUUAGUGCUGUAACAUUGUGUUAAAAAGAUGAUGAUGCCUUAAGCUGGAUAAGUGGUGGAGGAGACUAAUUUAAUCAGAUAAUUAAAUUUACUUAGGAUUAACAGUCCUAUUUGCUAAAUAUAAAGAGCCAAGGAAUAAACUGGGACCUAUAUCUAAUUAUGUUUCAGUAACCAGUAGCAAUGAUUAAAGCAUUGUUUCAAAUUCUGUUGUGUGAAUUUUAAAGAUUAGAUGUGAUAAAAAAAUAUUUUAAAAAGCACAGCCAUCUAGCAAUACAAAUUCUCAUAAUUGGGACUAUGCUUCGAGUGUCCUUGCAUUUUUUAUAUUUUAUUUUUAAAUGUUUUUGAAUAAAGGAUUGUUUUUAUCCUA